AUGCGGUUCACAGCCAUCAUACUGUUAUUAGUGCACGGAACACUAGCAUGCUUCCCAACCUCGCAACGAUCCUACCAGUAUGGCGCGCCAACACAACAAUUUGCUUCGUGCACACCACAAUGCUGCGGUUGUUCUCAGGCUCAACAAGUUCCUGCCCAGCCGGUGGCUGCCGCGGCGGCACGUGUUGCGGCUGCUGGAAAGACGCCAACUCAACCAAUCAGUGUGCAAGGAUCAUCUGCUGAAGGUCUUCUCGGACAGAAGGUAUCGCUUACCGAAUUCACGGCAGACGGAUACAACGCUGAAGGCGGUGGCCCUGUUCGAUCAGGAAACGCUCUGACAUGCAACUUUGAUGGACGACCAUGUUGUUGGGCCAACGUUCCACCACCAGAUGAUCAACUCGACUGGCAAAUUGCGAAUGGAGUGCCAAUUCAACUUCAGAACCGAGGAGUACCAACGCCAGAAGGAAGUUACUUGAUUGCCUACGCUAAGGCCGCCGCCCCAUCCGAUGAAGCGCAAUUCGCUUCAUGCUCAAUUGGCUGUGCUUCAAGUGACAUCGUCGUCCGCGCCAAGCACUGGCAAUCCGAAAGUGUCCUGUUGCAAGUGUGUCUCCGCGAAUCAUUCCCAACAAAUGCGGAACGUAAUCCGCUGAUCAACUGCCAGGAAUUCCCUUACGUCGACGGAAUGGGCACUACGGAGGUCAUUCUUCCAAAGACGUCGCUUGUUGAUAUCGUUUUCGUUGCUUCCAACUUCAUCGGCGACCAAGGAGACGUUGCUAUUCUGGACGAUAUCGAAGUCUCAUACGAUAGAAAUGGAGCAGAAUGUCAGAACGAGUUUGAGGAAGGAGCUGAGGAGGAAGAUAAGCAAGAUUCCGAGAAUGCGAUCAAAGCUGAAGAAAUUGAAGCUGCCGCCAAGAACAAGAGAAGAGAAUUGUUCGAGAAGACUCAACCAGAAGGAAAGAUAGUCUCAGCUACUGAAAGAUUCGGUUCCAAGGGAUUCCGUGGAGGAGAGAAGGCAUUCAGAGGAGGAGCUGGCGCUGGAGCCGGAGCUGGAGCAGGAUCCGCAGCUGGAUCGAAAUUCGGAGGAUCUUUCGAAGGAGGAGAGAAUGGAAAUGCUGCUGUUGGAACCUCCCAUACCGAAGAAACUGUAUUUGCUAGUGUGAAGACUGCCAAACUUCCAUCCGGUCACGUCGUCGCUAAGGGAGCCAAGACCGCCGAGUUCUCUGAAGCCGUCUGCAACGCUACCAAGUGUGACUUCGAGGGUGAGAACACUUGCGGAUACAAGGAUGCCCAUACCACACAGUCGAUUCGUGGACUCACCACGAAGUUCAACGUGGUCACUGGCCAAUUCAUGAACAGAGUCACCGGAAUCAAGGAGAGCACAGAAGGAGAGUUCUACGCCGCCACUUUCCUCUUCCCAAGAGAAAUGGCUGGACUUGAAGCCACCGUUGAGCCAUUCACUGAGCAAUCCAGAAUCAGAUUCCACUACUAUGAAGGAACCCAUGGAGUUCAGCUCAAGGGAUGCUGCGGCACUAUCGAGAGCUGUCCAUUCAGUUCUGAUAAGUUUGUAACAGUUGCUGAUCGUGCAUGGAAGACCGCUUCUUUCAAGUGUCCAAAGGGAACUGAUAAGGUGAUUUUCAUCUGUGAAAACACAAGAACCAACCAAGGAGCAUGUGCCGUUGACGGUAUCGGACUUGUGGAAAACGACACGCCACUGAAGACAGCCAAGCCGCUUUGCUAA